UUUUAUUAGCUAUCUAUCAAAAGCACAAUAUAAUAUUGUUGGUUCUGCUCUUGUACGAUGUCUGAGACUACCAUCAACAACAGAAAAUCUAACAAUUUGGAAAGAUGCAUUACAAACUAAAUUAAAACGAACACGUGCUGAUCAUCCAAAUAAUAGUCUUGUUCAAGAAUUUCGAUUAAAAUAUUCCAAGUUAGGGUCUGGGCGACCAGUAAAACAAAAAAGUGGUACAAUUGCUACACGUGAUCGACAUAAACAGGUAACUAAUAAUUCAAUAUUACUUAUCACUUCAUUUUUUCUUUUAGAUGUGAUACAAUUACAAAGUUUUUCUCAACUUGAUAUAAAUACUCAAUUAUGUUUAUGGAAAGAAACAUUUAUUUUUCGUCGACAACUCGUACGAGAUCAAUCAACAAGUGAUGUUAUGAAGAAUUUUCCUGCUUAUAGUGAUGCUGUCUUGGUCUUCGAAGAAGUAAAAAUGUUGAUGAACAUUGACUUAAGUAAAGAAGAACCACCAACAGCAUAUCCAACAAUGGUUUCGAUUGAUGAUAUUAUUCAUAUUUAUGUUGACUUCGAGCCAAUUCUUACUACAAGUUCACCAGAUGAUGCUCUUGAUCUUCUUAUCGCAAUGUAUUCUAUCUUUGAAUUAUCAUUUGAUAAAAAGAGUAGAACUACUCGAUUUUUAUAUUGUGUUUACACGGAGAAAAAUAUUGAUAUUCAUCGAGAACGUCUUCAACUGCCAUCUAUCUCAUCAUAUUCUGUCUCGAACAAUACAACAACACUUACUGGUGAUUAUCAAAGUCAGUCACAAAUAGUUACAAAUUUAUUGAAUCAAUCAACUGGUGAACAUAAUUCUUCUGUUACUAAUGAAACAACAGAACCAACAGCUUCAAUUGAUAGUUCAAAUUCAAGUACAGAUAUAGCUUAUGAUCCGAAUGAUCCUCAAGCUCAAAAAAAAAAUAAACGAAAACAAAUUUUAAAUGAAGAAGAACAGGAUGAUACAUUGAUGAACAAUGCUUCACAAGAAAAUGUUGAAUCUUCCAAAAGUCGUCGUGCUCUUGCUAAUAGGACAAACUCAACUGUUGUACCACGAAGAACAAAACGUCAACGACGAACUUGA